AUGAUGCUUUGUCAGUAUUGCGAGAAACCGAUCUCAGCCGCCGUCAAAGCUCUGAAAGGAACUGGUUAUGAGGAGAAAAUUGAGCUUCCGCUUCAACGUUCACGUUCUAGUAUCUUACAGUCAGCUGAAGAAGGAUGUUUUAUCUGUAGCAGACUGGACUUGGAUUCAGAACGGAAUAUUGAAGAUGAUUUCUCCUGUGAGGACGACGAGUCGGAAUCCGAGAUUGACAAUUCGUUGGAAUUGACAAUAAAAACUCGGAAAGAAUCAGAAGGUUAUUUUAUCCUGAACAUAAGUCCGAGUGGGGGUCGUGCCUUGGACCUUGUUCUUGCACCAAUACCGGCAAAUAGCGCAGACACGGACACUUCGAUAAAGUCGAAGUCUAUCACCAGAGCCGCCUUCUCAACACCGAGAACACUUGAGCUGUGCUGUGGCUGGUUUCGGGCCUGCUCCGAGUCUCAUACUAAGUGCCGCGAACUGGCACGCAAACCACAAACCUUUACGCCGCACAGACUGGUUGAAAUAUUCGCAGAGGGUGAUGGAAAGUCGUUCAGCUGGAGGAUUGUUCACCCCACUGACACUGAAAGUGCCACCUACGUAACACUGAGCCAUUGUUGGGGGAAGUCCCAGCGUACAUGCCUGACGAGGAGUAACCGCUGUACGUUUGCAGAAUGGGUUUCGUUUUCCGACCUCCCAAAAACCUAUCAGGAUGCCUUUCUUAUCGCCUUUUCGCUGGGAGUUCGUUUCAUCUGGAUCGAUUCGCUCUGUAUCGUCCAAGACGAUGACGAAGACUGGACAGCUCAGGCUUCGAUGAUGGGACAGGUCUAUCAAGGUGCCUGCUGCAACAUCGCUGCGACAUGGGCAAAAAACGGGGAUGGCGGCUGCUUUAUUCAGACAAGAACGCCCACUUUGAUUACGCUGGAUCUCGAACCUAGCCAGCCUACACCAUAUGAGGUUUUUCUUUGGACAUUCUACUACGAGGAACUUGUGGAAGCUCCACUCAAUCAACGCGGUUGGGUUGUUCAAGAGCGAUACCUAGCAAGGAAGCAGUUGAGCUUUACUGAGAGUGGUGCAUAUUGGGAAUGUCACGAGCUUGUCGCCUCUGAACGAUUCCCUACUGGCAUCCCCAGUGACUUGACAGACUUUUCACCCUAUGAUCGAUCCCGGCCACCCACUGGGAAGCCCACAUUGGAUCUCAGCAGGCCAAGCGCUGUCCGCGAAGCCUGGGCCGUACUAGUGGAGUCCUACUCGGCUUGUCGGCUUACUUUCGUGUCUGAUAAAAUGGUGGCACUUGCGGGCUUAGCAGAAGCCGUGAAGGAGGCUACAGGAGAUUUGUACCUUGCCGGCAUGUGGAAGAACGAUCUCGAAAGCCAAGUUAGUCAUGGAAGGAAUGAAGCCGUGGAUUGGAUGUUUCAACUUACCAAUCUCGACGAGAGUACUCGACAAUGUAUGGUGGAAGGCGUCCCAGUGGAAAUCAUGUGGGACGAGAACCUGCCCUAUCGUGGGGCAAACCCUGAAAGAUGGGCAAGUUUUAUCAAAGAGCGCGAAUCCAACUUUCUAUGCAUGCUGGUGUCUUUGCAGGAUGGUUUGAUUCUACGAAGGCUGUCCGACGCAACAGAUGAUGAUACAUAUGUUAGAAUGGGUAAAUUCUUCGAUUGGAAUCACAAAUUCUUCGACGUCAUGUGCGCAAGGUUCAACAUUCCACCCGAAGAACUUCUUGACGAAGGCAUAGAUCUAAGCGAUGUUAGGUUGACAGAUGCUGUCCACCGCGUGACUGUUGUUUAG